AUGCAGUGCCCCGAGACCGAAAGCAACACGACGGCACCCGCUCCUGCCGUCGCUGUUCCAGUGCCGCCCCCUGCUCCCCCUGUCCUGGUCAAUGCGGGCGAGCACGGCCCCCACCGUGCCACGAAGCAGCCAGCCGACACCAGGGCGCACACAAACACGGCCACCGCCGACCUAACAAGUAUCGCUCAACCUACGGCUCCUCGUGUCGCUUUGCCCUCCGCUACAGUAUCCCAGCAGGAAGGGUCGCCUGCCAGCGAUGAAGCAGAUGAAGGGAGUGAAGACGAACAGGAGAGCGAUGAGGAAGCUGACGACAGUGACGACGAAGAUUGGAGUGACGACAAUGAAGAUGAAGAGGAAGACGAGGAGGCAAGCACUGGUGAGAGUGGUGUAAGCGACGCAGCUGAAGAGGAGGAGGACAUAAGUAUCAAUUUGAUUGAGGUGAGUCUGCAACAAACAGUGGCGGGUCUAAUUCAGGCCGACAAGUGUGAUCGCCGAUGUCUUCAGGGAAAAGCCCAAGAACUUGAGUGGCUCGUGUGUUCAAUCUCACAGAUGACCAGAUCAGAGAAGUUGACAAGCCUCUACACGAUGCUGGGCGUUCUCAUGCAGACGGAUACUGUGGAGAGGCACCGAGGAGACGGAAAACGCGAGAAAUGUCACUACUACCUGCCACUGGUUGGGAGAGUUUGCCGGCCCAUGUUUGCAGAAUGUCUCGGGGUAACUCCUUUGACUAUCCAGCGAUACAAGAAGCGUGUGCGCGAAGGAAACAUUGCAGCUAAGGCGCACGGGAACACACUGAACAAGCACGCUUCUGUCAUCGAUCUCGUGUGGCUGGUGAAGUGGUUUAAAGAGUUCUCUGCGGAGGUCGGGGUAGUAGUACCAGUGCGUGUUCGGCUGCAGAAGACGGCGAAUGGCACAGUGAAAAAGUACUACAGCUCUGAGAUGUACACUUUGCUGCCGCCGACGUUCACGUGGGAUGCGAUCUAUGAUGAAAUGCACACAUACGUGGAGGAAAUCAGGAUUCGAGUUCGGGAGCCAGCCAAGUCUACUAUGAGGCAACUUUUAACGCUGCACUGCCCCAACAUUCGCAUCCGAUCAUGGCCGGAGCGUGUAAAAAUGAGAUGGGAAGAGACAGGCAUCGAUUAG